AUGCCUUUGACUCGCCGUUGCCGCUGCUAUCGCUGCACAGAGGCUGGCGGUGAAAACGGCAUCGAGGUCAAAAGUUCAACAUAUAGAGCGCAUCAGCGUAGGUAUGGCUCAGCUCCAGCCGCCUCGAGCUCGACGAGCGGUCUCCCUAACCCUCGUCGAAGAAGGCAACGCCCUCCCGAGCCCUCGCCUUCGCAGCUUCUCUAUGAGCUUCUCGCGAAACGUCACCUCCUCUCCUGGGCUGGCACGAAAAGCUAUACAAGCGAUUUUCCCACCACAACCGUCUCGGGUGCAACGCUGCCAAUGCUCGAACCGGCUGAGACGCACGAAGACAGCACCCGCGAGGAAGCUUUUGCGCCGGAUGAGUCAACAUUCGAGGAUGAUUUCGACAGCGAGGAGGAUGACGACGAUAUUGGCAUGAUUGAAGUCGCCAGUAUUGCGGAGCAACUCUUUACCAAAGCCGAGUCGAAGACCAGUCUGGGCACGAAUGAUGCGCAACAGCGAAACGUCGACAGCUGGGUUUGGAAAUCACAUGUUUUCGUCGCCUUUAUGAUGGGGAUGCUCAAUAGUCCACCCGAUCCAAUGCAUACCGUGUAUGUUGGGAUUUGCGGCCGUCGUUUCUGGCACCUCUUCCUCAUUGAAGGCUGUAACAACCUCGGCAAGAAGCUCAAAGAGGCUCAAAAGGUCAUGGCCCGCGCUAUCCUUCCGACCAGCAUCAAGCGCCCAGACUAUCGGAUGGCUCUUACGUCAGGAGGGACACCAUGCGCCGAAGAUUGGACGCUUCGCCAAGACGAGAACGAGCACAUCGACUUUGUGCCCAAGGGACUCACGGAGGAAAAGGAGCUGAAGCCAGGGCCCAAAUCGGUCAAGAUCAUAUUCGAACUUGGUCUGCUUCUUUCUUGUAUUGUGGACAUGCUCGAGUCGGACUUCAGCGAGGAUGAUGUGCAGCGCUUGCACAAGUACAUCCUUCUCUACAACAGCAAGGCAGCAGCUCUGCUUGGCAAAGGCUGGAUCGUCUUGAGCAAUCACAUUGCAGAGCAUAUUCCCGACGCCAUCCGCCUCUUUGGAGCUCCAAAGAACUUCUCCAGCCUUCCCUUUGAGCGAUACAAGGGUACCUUGAGCAAGAUCAAGACUUCAGGCCAUAAAUACGGUCAGGUCGAGCUCACGAUCAUGCGAAAAGUCAUCAGUCGCUCGAAUCUUCAGCAUCUUCUCAGCCAGUCUAACGACACCUUCUUUCGAGAGACACUGCUCGGAUAUGUCAAGAACCAAAACGAGUUCGAAGAACUGCCGCCCCCGACUCGGCUCACCAAGACCAUCAUGGAGCGCGACACUUACCUCCACCUUCUCACAUACCUCAACGGACCAGGUAAAUGCUUUCCGGGCCGCUUUGUCGUGCCUCACGAUAUUCAUGCCUCCUCGCGUGAUGUUAGCCUGCGAAUGGAUGCGAUUUUCCUGCACUCAGUCAGUCAGUACGGGUACCCGACCGAGAUUCGGUUUUCAGGCUGCGCGGCGGAAGCAAGGAAGAACAAGGCGGACUGUUUUGGUAUGGUCAAAUUGAAGGAUCAGACGGUAACGGCAGUACAGAUUCUGUGGCUCUUUGAAAAGGUAUUGCAUUUGAACGGACCUGGAACCGCGGCGGUCUCAGAGGGGUUUAUGCACAUUCGGAAGCUCAAGAUGCUCUCAAGGCAGGAAGCGUUCGGCUAUGAAGUACGUUGUGGCGAAUUGUUGGACGAGAUGAACAUUCAUUUCGCUACUUUGGACGGCUAUCUGGAAGAUUUGGUUGUACCAGUCGUCGCUAUGGUUUCUCAGCUCGUCUUGGUUCCGAUUCACACCCAUGGUCAGCAGCACAGACAGGUUUAUGGUCUCAAACAGCUCUGA